AUGGAGAAUGAGAAGAAAAGAUCUAUUGAGAGUGAUUCCAAUGCAGAGGAUUUAAAUCAAAAUGAUAUAAAUAAUAACACAAAGAAAUCCAAGAAAUCUACUGAUGAUCAACAUCAGACUCAGUUAAAGUUUAAUUCAAAUCAUUAUCUAGAUGAUAUUUUCGACUUACGAACUAGAAUGAAAACAAAAGAUUUUGAAGUUUUGGUAAAAUUUACCGAUGCAAGUAGUUUCAAGUUAUUUUGCUCUUCUAAAGAAGUAUUAGAAAUAAUGGAUAUGAGAGAUCAAUAUCAAAAUUAUGAAUUAUCUGAUCAAGUUUUUUGUAAAAUUUAUGACAUAGAUUUAUUAAAAUUAUUAUUCAGAAAUAAAUCAAGAAGAUAUAUUGCAGAGGAGUUUGAUCAAGUUCAUUUCAAUAUCAUGGAAUCAUUAGAAGAAGUUAAAAAUAUUAAAUUCUGGAUUGAUUAUAAUAUGAAAAGGUUUUUGUUUAAAGAGCAUAUUGCCUUGAAAAGAAUUGAAAGUUGGAAUUCCAUGAAUGAUGAAUCAAACCAAAUAAAUACUGCCAAAUUAUUACAAUAUGGUUGGGCUGAUGAUUUUACAAUGGGAGACGAUAAAUAUUCAUUAUUUGGACCUUUUUUAAUAUUUGAAAAGAUUGAUUUCAUUAAUGAUAAUGAAAUUUCAUCUUCCAAACGUCGUGAAGAAAGUUUUAGAAAACAAGCUAAGUUAUUAAAGAGAUCUGGUAUAUCACAUGGAUCUUUGCAUAAAUAUAAUUAUUGCUUUAAUCAAGAUGAUGAAUGUUUUAUCAUUGAUUUUGGUAAUUCUACUGUUGAUGAUGAUUCAAUUUUAGAUGAUAUUUUUGAUAAGAAGGAUAUUUGGCCAGAAUAA